AUGAGCCUUUUCGAGCGUCCUCACCGCCUAACGUCAGUCUCGAGUGUGGUUAUGGGGCUGAAUCCGGCGACGCUGCGUGAGAUUGAUGACUACGCAAUGUGGAUGGACGAGGUUCACGCAGAGCUAGCCGGGGUGUACGGCGAGCAGGCGAUGCAAUGGAAAGUGUCGGAUAUUACAUACGCGACGAGCGACAAUCCGAGCCGCUUUUCCUCUCGUAUCUCUCAAGGACUUUUUGAGUCUCUGCAUGACUACAAGGCGCUGCUUGAAAAGAUUGACGCCAUCACUACACAGCUGGCAGAGAAAACCCAGUUGCGAGAACUCAUCGAGACUGCCAUUAGCCAGGACACAGAGGGUGGUAAGUCCCUCCGUAAACAGAAGCGCGAGCUGCGCAGCCUGAAGGCAAACAUUAUUCAGCUCACUCGGCAGGGUGCGGAGCUCAAAUACCAACUGGCCUGUUUGUCACAGCAGCUCUCACACGUCUUCAAAGCGAAAGUCGUCCGUAUCUCCCUUAUAUGA